AUGGGAAUUGGGUUGGUGCGGCCGGCACCAGAGGAAGAGAUCCAAGCCAUGGUGGAGGAAAUCAGCGCGUCCAACAUCGAAGCUAUCAUCACCAAGCUUGUUUCUUUCGGGACACGGCACACGCUGAGCCAGCAGAACAGCUCGACGUAUGGGAUAGGGGCUGCGCGGGAUUGGAUCGCGGCUGAGAUGCGGAGGUAUGCUGGGGAUAGUGAGGGGCGGAUGAGCGUCGUGGUGCAGAGUUAUGUGCAGCCUGUUGCUUCGCGGAUUCCGUUCCCGGUGAGGAUUUCGAAUGUGGUGGCGACGGUUAGGGGGAGCGAGGAGCCGGAAAGAGUGUAUGUCAUGACGGGGCAUUAUGAUAGUCGGGUGACGGAUGUUAUGGAUUAUACUUCUGAUGCGCCUGGUGCGAAUGAUGAUGCUAGCGGGACUGCUAUUGCCAUGGAAUUGGCACGUAUUCUCGCCAAACGCCGCCCGAGGUCCACAAUCAUUCUCGCUGCCGUUGCAGGAGAAGAACAGGGCCUUUACGGUGCCGGCUAUCUUGCCGGUACCCUCAAGAACUCCAGCACAAACGUCGAAGGCAUGUUGAACUGCGAUAUAGUUGGAUCGUCCACCGGAGACCGCGGCCAACGUGACCCCUUCACCAUCCGUGCCUUUGCACAAGGACCACCCUCCUAUGAGUCUGCCACUGUUGCUGCCCGCCGUCUACAAAUCGGGGGAGAAAACGACAGUCCAGCACGAGAGCUAGCACGAUUCAGCGCAGAAGUUGCCGCAAACAAUGUAACUGGCAUGAACGUGGCCAUCAUCUACCGUCUGGACAGAUUUCUACGGGGCGGAGACCACACACCGUUCCUCACGGCUGGCUAUCCCGCGAUCCGCUACACGGAACCGAAUGAAAACUUUGACCACCAGCACCAGGAUCUGCGGACGGAGAAUGGAACUGUGUACGGCGACUUGAUCGAGUUUGUCGACUUUAAGUACACUGCGCGUGUGGGCAAGGUCAAUCUCGCUACGCUGUGGUCGCUGUCAGAGGCACCGGGUAUGCCGCGCAAUGUUACGAUUGACACGACGGUUCUGGACAAUGAUACGAGGCUGAAGUGGAUAGUGUCGAAUAGUACGGCUGUUGCCAGCUAUGAGGUUGUGUGGAGGUCGACAACGGCCAGUUUGUGGACGAAGAUGCUGGAUGUGGGGAAGGUGGGGGAGGUGACGCUGCCGUUGAGUAAGGAUAAUAUGAUAUUUGGGGUUAGGUCUGUGGGAAUUAAUAGCAAGAAGAGUCCAGCAGUGUAUCCGUUCCCAGGAUAG